AUGGAAGUAGUUGGAGAUUUUCUUACAAAGCAUGCUUCUGCUAGCUUCAGCACAUGUGCAGAUGAUGCUUUGACCCAUCAGUUUAAUGAUUUGUUAAAGCAAUGUGAUCUUCACAAUGAUACAGUGAAGACUAAACCAACAUCUAAAAAAGGAAAAAAAGCGAGAAUGGCGAAUGUUUUGAGCAUGUUGUUGCGAAUGAGAGAGAUUGCAGAACAGAAAGAGCUUCAGUGGUACACUGAAAAAGCGCAGCUAAGAGAACAGAUAGAGAAUGUUAGCAAGAAUAUUUCUGCAGUGGUUGCGAAUGUGGAUUCGAAUUGUGGUGAAUGUGAUGAGCUGAGAGAUGAGGUUGAUCAACUGAUUGAGCAAAAUUGUGCUUUGGAGGAUAGAUGGAAUGAGUGUGAAGAGCGAUGUAAGCUGAGGGAACAAUCUAUAGCCUCAAUAGUGCAGAAGGAGUCUGCAAAUGAGAAGGUAAUUUCAAUGCUAAGGGAAGAAUUGAGUGAGUCUAGAGCUCGGCUGGUCCAGAAAGAUCAGGACAUUUUGUCUUUAAAAUCACGGUCUAUGGGCAAAGGGUACAACCAUUGUUGUACUAAUACCUGUGGGGCACAGGAGCGAAGAGACAUAAUGGCGGGAGAGGAGCAUCCAGUGUAUUCUGCUGAUGACCCUGAAGUAUCUCCUAACCCCAGUACAUCUCUUUUCACUCCUGAGUCACAAAGGAUUGGGCAAAGACUAGAAACUUUGCGUAGUAGCACUAACACCCAAUCCACAGCACUCUCUAUACAGGAUCGUACAAAUCUGUGCCAGAUAUUGGGGAAAUUUGACACUAGUGCUUCACCCAUAAGCCUCUUUAACAGAUUGGAAGCUGUAGUGAUGCAGUAUAAUUUGGGCAAUAGGGAUGCUUGUGCACUCCUUCGUGCAUGGCUCCCAUUGCAGCUGUGUGAAAAACUGCAGCCGCCAGUCAGUAUUCACAAAGGUCUAUCUCCUGAGAUUAACUCAAAUUGGGGAAACUCAGCGGAUAGAAUGAAGGAAUUGCAACGCAUAAUGGGGGGAAGAGAUACUAGAGGUACAAAUGCCCUAGAAAAUGCCAAAUUUGGGAGGGGUGAUGACCCAGUCCUGUUUUGUAAUGAGUAUUUGUCCCUGUAUAGGGCCACAUACAGUUCUCCUGAUAUGUCUCCUGAUGACAGCAUUUUUUUGUACUCUAUGGCUAAUAAAUGCGACUCUUGCCGCCGGGACUCUGUUUAA